CUUCUUUUAGGCUUAUUUUCACUUUUGUGAAUCUGACUGCUGAUGCAGCUAACUUCUGAAAAAUUUUAGCUGAUGUGUGUGACUUUUUUGAAUUUAAUAAUACCUUGAACAUAACUUACUCUAAUUACUUGGAUUGUUAUUGCAAUUUACUGGUGUAUAUAUAGAUGAGAAAAUUCAUUGGAACAGUCUGAAAAAAGUGAUGGGUUCUUUGAGUGUGGAAGAGAGGCAAGAAGAGCAAAAAGAUGAGAUGGAAGAGUGCCGUAGCAUUGAGAGAGCAAGAUGGCUGCUGGACUCUCCUGAGCCACCAAGUUUAUGGCACGAGCUUGUUGGUUCCAUUAGAUCCACUUUCAAGUCUUCUUCCUCUUCCUCGAACCACACUAGCACCAGACGAGCCUUAUCCUUCCUUCAAACCUUUUUUCCCAUCCUUAGCUGGGGAAGAAACUAUAAGGCUUCUAAGUUCAAAAAUGACUUGAUGGCUGGUCUCACUCUUGCCAGCCUGAGCAUUCCUCAGAGUAUUGGAUAUGCCAAUUUAGCGAAGCUCGAUCCUCAGUUUGGUCUAUACACCAGCGUCGUACCGCCUCUGAUUUAUGCUCUAAUGGGCACUUCAAGAGAGAUUGCCAUUGGACCAGUUGCAGUGGUCUCGCUACUGCUUUCUGCAAUGGUUCAGAAGAUAGAAGAUCCAGUUGCUGAUCCCAUUGCCUACAGGAAGCUUGUUUUUACCGUCACGUUCUUCGCUGGCACCUUCCAAGCUAUGUUUGGAUUUUUAAGGUUCGGGUUUCUGGUAGAUUUUCUUUCACAUGCAGCCCUUGUUGGGUUCAUGGCUGGUGCCGCCAUUGUUAUUGGUCUCCAGCAACUUAAAGGCCUGCUGGGACUGAGUCACUUCACCAACAAUACGGAUAUUGUCUCUGUCGUCAAGUCUGUUUCUGGGUCAAUGCAUCCUCCAUGGUAUCCUCUAAAUUUUGUCAUUGGCUGCUCGUUCCUCAUCUUCCUUUUAUUUGCCAGGUUUAUUGGAAGAAGAAACAAGAAACUGUUCUGGUUCCCAGCUAUGGCUCCACUUGUAUCAGUUAUAUUAUCCACGUUAAUUGUGUAUUUAACUAAAGCAGAUAAGCAUGGGGUUCAGAUAGUAAAACACAUUAAAGGUGGUCUUAAUCCAAGUUCAGCCCAUCAGUUGCAGCUAAGUGGUCAACAUGUGGGAGAAGCUGCCAAAAUAGGACUAAUUACUGCACUUGUUGCUCUUACUGAAGCCAUUGCCGUUGGUAGAUCAUUCGCUUCGAUUAAAGACUACCAUCUUGAGGGUAACAAGGAGAUGAUAGCCAUGGGCUUCAUGAACAUUGCAGGGUCUUUAUCUUCUUGCUAUGUGGCAACUGGUUCAUUUUCGAGAACCGCAGUGAAUUUCAGUGCAGGAUGUGAAACGGUAGUAUCAAACAUAGUGAUGGCGAUUACUGUAUUGGUAUCACUAGAAUUAUUUACCAGGUUGUUAUACUACACGCCCAUUGCCAUACUUGCAUCCAUCAUUUUAUCAGCUCUCCCAGGACUGAUUGACAUAAAGGAAGCCUAUCGUAUCUGGAAAGUGGAGAAGCUGGACUUUUUGGCCUGCAUUGGUGCUUUCUUCGGCGUCUUGUUUGUUUCGGUGGAGAUUGGUCUUUUGGUCGCGGUGAGCAUCUCAUUUGCAAAAGUAUUGGUAUAUUCAAUUCGACCUGGGGUUGAAGCAGUAGGGAGGCUUCCAAGAACGGAUAUGUUUUGUGAGAUUAGUCAGUAUCCCAUGGCUGUUCAAAUUCCUGGCAUCCUAACACUCCGUAUAAACUCUGCCUUACUCUGCUUUGCUAAUGCCAAUUUCAUCAGAGAAAGGAUAGUAAGGUGGGCAAUCCAAGACGAGCACAAGGGAAUGGUUCAAGCAGUAGUUGUUGACAUGUCCAAUGUGAUGAACAUUGACACUUCAGGAUUGAUUGCAAUGGAGGAGUUGCAGAGAGAGCUGAUUGCAUCUGGCAAUGGCAUACAAUUGGCAAUAGCUAGUCCGAGAUGGCAAGUGAUUCACAAGCUAAAAUCUUCAAAAUUUAUAGAGAGAACUGGAAGGGGAUGGAUUUUUCUGUCUGUGGGAGAUGCUAUAAAUACGUGUAUUCAUUCUAAACAAACUAAUUGUUGAUGUCCCAUUUCAACAUAUCACUUGUUUAUUUGUCACCUCUAAUAAAUAAAAUCUGCAAAAAUAAUAAACACACUGUAUGUUUCAUUUA